GGGUGGGCGGCGGAGCGCAGAGGCCGGGGGAAGGGCCAGGCCCCGCCGUGUCUCUGGGCGAUGGAGUGAGGGAGCGAGGCUCGGCAGCGGGAAGAUGGCCGGUGGCGGCGGCGGAGGCGGCUGCAGAGACAGCUUGUUUCUGGAAGCUUUGGAUAGAUCACAGUCCAGGAGAGAUGGAGGCUUUAAAAAUAAUUGGAGCUUUGAUCACACAGAGGAAAGUGAAGGAGAUGCAGAGAAAGAUGAGGCAAACCUGCUCAGCAUAGAUGACAGUGAUGGCCCUUUCAGUCCUAGUGAAGAAAGAAAGUCACUUCGUUGUCGGCCUGGAGCUGUCGGCACCAGUGGUGAGUCCAUAAAAUCCUACACGAGGCGAGGCAAAACUGGCAGCUUGAGACUUUUUAAAGGCAAUGCAAUCGGCCUCAACAUGAUGGGGAAUAGCAAGAAACUGAGUGAAAACACUCAGAAUAUGUCUUGUCCUGUAACUGUGGUUCACGGGAGGCGUUUUCACCAUGCACACGCGCAGACAGCAGUAGUAAAAACAGCAGCCCAAAGCAAUCUGGACCGAAAGGAAAGAAAAGAAUAUCCCCCUCAGCUUCAGAAGGUAGAUGCAGACCACAUCAGGUUACCACGGUCUCAUGGAGUGGACAGUAUAAUGGAAAACACAGAAGAGUCAGAAUCAGAAUCCGAAUCUGAAAUUAAGAGAAAGGUGCAACAGAAACGUCACUCCAAUUCCUAUCAGACUGACUUGACUUCUGCUACAAAAAAGUGCUUAACACAGCUGAAGCUUUUGGAACAAAUAGAUUAUUCUCCUGACUGCCCAAACUGCGGACGGGCAAAUGAAAACCAGACCAAAUGCCGACAUUGUGAAAGUCUUUCACUGAAGGAUUUACAGAGAGUCUCCAGACAAACUAUGACAUUAAGUGAAUCUAUGGGACCUUUAUCACGUUCUUCAAUACAUCAGAAUUCCACAGGGCUAAAAUCUUCAGGUACAGGGUUCAACACAAAGAAGUUUCAUAGUUCUGCUGUCGGGAAAGGCCCGACGGAUAUUCUGCUAAGCAAUGAAGUUGUGGGACAUUCUAUGUUGAGACCAAAUGGAAAAGUUGGUCUUAUAACUGGGACAAAAAGUCCUAAAAUGACAGGAAACUUAAGACAGAGGAGUACAAGACCAUCUGAACUAAACGAUCCAAUUGUUUUGUCUAGUGAUGAUGAUGAGGAGGACAGUGGCAGCACUAGGAGAAUGGAAAGCAUUUCACCUCGUCCUGCAGAUUCAGCCCGCUCCUCCCCAGCUCCUUCUACAGGAAAGGUGGAAGCAGCAUUAAAGGAAAACAGUUGUGGAAUAGAAAGAAUAGGUAGUAUAACAACAGAUACAGAAGUUGCAGUCACACUACCAAGAAAAGCAAGAAUGAAGGACCAGUUUGGAAACGUUGUGUCUAACACUCCAAUAAAGCGUCGUAAGGUUCUCUGUCAAGAGAUUGUAGCUGAGGCUGUACCUCUCAGUUACCAAACCCCCUGUGAAAGCGUCAUCCUCAACUGCCGCAGCAUACGGAUAGGAACCCUGCGAAGGAUGGUAGUGGAACCUGUGAUUUUUUGCCUGGAUUAUAUCAAAAUACGCCUAGAAAGCCAAGAGGACUCAGAAAGUGAUGUUCGGGAGAUCAACCUGAAAACUUCAGAGCUUACCAAAUGUGAAUGGUGUAGUGUCAGGAAGUUGCCAGUAGUUUUCCUACAAACAAUACCAUCAACCUGUAGUAGCCUGAGAGAACAACUGAAAAUGAGUAAAGAUAACGUCUGGUACGAAUGUAAAGGAGACAGUCAAGAAGAACAGUACAUCAUUUUGAUUUUUGAAACUGGUCUUGAUCCUGCUGCAAACUCAAUAUUUGAAAAGAUAAUUGCAGACAUUGGUAUAAGAAAUAACAUUUCUGACUUCUUUGUGAAAAUCCCCUUUGAAGAAGCCAACGGCAGACUUGUUGCUUUUACUAAGUGCAUGGAAGACAAUUCCAAAGGAAGUCCAUCACACAGAGAAAACAAAAUUAAAAAUGUUGCUCCUGAGUCCAAAGUGCAGCAGCGAAGUAAACAGCUGCCGUAUUUCGACGAUGAUGAAGAAAUUGGAGAACCACAUACAGUGUUUAUUGGGCCUAUAGAAAAGUUGAUAGUUUAUCCACCUCCUCCAGCAAAAGGUGGUAUUUCUGUGACCAACGAAGACCUCCAUUGUCUAAAUGAAGGAGAAUUUUUAAAUGAUGUUAUUAUUGAUUUUUAUUUAAAGUAUUUGGUACUUGAAAAACUGAAAAAAGAAGAUGCUGACAGAAUACAUGUGUUCAGUUCAUUCUUCUACAAACGCCUUAAUCAAAGAGAAAGAAGAAAUAUUCAUGAAACUUCAAACCUUUCCAUCCAGCAAAGACGGCACGGGCGAGUGAAAACCUGGACGCGGCACGUUGACAUCUUUGAGAAGGAUUUCAUUUUUGUUCCCCUGAACGAAGCUGCACACUGGUUUUUGGCUGUCAUUUGUUUUCCUGGUUUAGAAAAACCCAGAUAUGAACCAAAUCCCCACUAUCAUGAAAAUGCUACAACACAGAUGAAAUCUUCCUCUUCAGAUGGAGAGAGCAGCACACCAUCUCCUUUGCCAAAUGAGCUAGAUGCACAGAACUCGCCCUCCAAAUCCUCCACAAAGAAGACAUUGACCAAAAAGUAUAAUACAGCUUUAACUGACCCAAACACUGAACCAGAGGACAGUGAGUCUUCAUAUUGUAGAAGAAGUCCUUGCAGGGUAAAAAGUACUUUCAAAAAACUGAAUCAAAUAGACAGUGAUGUGGAAGAACCUAGCACUGUGGAAUCAGCGUACCAUAAACUUGACCAUAGGACUCCGGAUGAAAACGGGAUACAGGGUGAAUUCACUACUGCUAGCCAGUCCAUGGAUGGAUUGCACAAAAUCAGGCUAAACUAUAGCGAAGAUUCAGCUGAUGGCAGUAAACUAAAUGAAGAUGACCUCAUAGAUUUUUCUGAAGACCAAGAUAACCAGGAUGACAGUAGUGAUGAUGGUGGCCUUGUAGAUGACAACUGCAGUUCAGAAAUGGGACAAUGGCACCUGAAGCCUACUGUCUGCAAACAGCCCUGCAUUUUGCUGAUGGACUCACUAAGAGGCCCUUCCCGGUCAAAUGUUGUGAAAACACUAAGGGAAUAUCUGGAGGUGGAAUGGGAAGUCAGGAAAGGCAACAAAAGAAGCUUUUCCAAAGAUGUCAUGAAAGGUUCCAACCCCAAAGUGCCACAGCAAAACAACUUCAGUGACUGCGGAGUGUACAUACUGCAGUACGUGGAGAGCUUUUUUGAGAAUCCCAUUCUGAGUUUUGAGCUCCCAAUGAACUUAACAGACUGGUUCCCACGCCCAAGAAUGAAAACCAAAAGAGAAGAAAUAAGGAAAAUAAUCCUGAAGCUGCAGGAACAGCAGAACAAGGACAAGAAGGGACAGAAGGACCCAAGUUCAAUGGAUAGAUCUUUGCAGGAAAAAACAGAUCAACUUACCAGCAGCGGCUCAGACUGAACGUUGUAUCUGUUGCAUGUUAGCUCCACAAUCAAACCAGAAACAUACAUUUCUUUGUCUGCCCAAACGAAAGAUUUGGCAUACUCUCUGCUCAAAGUUACUUGGGAAUGUUUAAUGCCUGUAUAAAUGUGUGUCAUAAAAUGAUUUAAUUCCCACAAAGAUGUGUAUUAAGUAAGCAAGUCUGUACAUAUGUUAAUGAGGCCAACUUUUUUCAGCAUUUGUAAUUACUUCUUUUCCACUUGUUAGGGAGCUCUUUUUUGUUAUGUAUUUCUGUUAAUAGACCUUAAAUAGCAACUUCUAAACCUAAAGCAAAUAAAGACAAAUAUUUAUAGGAUGAAAUGGUUAACUUUUUCUUUUCCAGUAAAGGUGUACUGUUACAGGCUUAAGUAUCACAUAGGGAAUGAUUUGGUAGUGAGAGGAUUCAUCUUUUGACCCUGUUUAGUUGCCCUUUACAGGAUUGUUCUGCUUGCGCUACAAACAAUAAUAUGGGUGUCUCGAUGUACCAUGGCCUCAGAGGGUGGUUCCCAUCCUCCCAGUAUCUAAGUGUAGGCAGUGUAAUAGUUAAUAGGACUGCUUCAGAUUUGGGGUUUUUUAAAAGAUAACUCAUUGCAAUGAAAAAUUCCACCCUUGCUUUAGUGGGAGGGGGCUAGGGAAAAGGGGGGAGAAUGCUCUUUGAACAGGGAUGACUAUUCAAACAGUAUUAUAGAAGUGGUUUCAAUGAAGUGAUCUUGAGUGAUACUAUUAAAUCAUAUUUUGUGGAUCCCAAUUGUUGUACAGGUGUAUUUUGAGACUUUUUUCUUCAUUCUAAAAUUGUAUUUUGGUAAGUGUACUUGGAACAGCAGAUUGCCCACAUGACAUUUUCUAUGUUACGAUUCUGAAUGUUACAUUCAUAUGUGCUUUAAGUAAUGAACAGUUAAAAGAAAAACAAAAAAAAGGUGUAUGAUUACUAUUUUUUGUAAUAUCCACUCAAAAAAAAAAACCAAACAAGAAAACCCAAACAAAAUACUAGUGUUCAUUGCUUGCUUGCUUGUUUGUUCUUGGCUUGAGGUAGCAUCGGACUCAUGUUGGGAUUUGUUUGGGUCUUUGCAGCGUGUUUUGAUUUUACAGCAAACUCUCGAGUGUCAUCGUUGCUUAAACUGCAAACCUAGCCUCUUAGCCCUGUUACAGGAAGGCUUUCGUGUUCAGUGAGAAAGCAAGAGGUGGUUUGUGCAAGCAUGUGUGCAUUUACAGGCUUCUACAAACAGCUCUUUGAAGGGAACCAGAAACUCUCUCUUCCCAGGAAGGAAUCUGUCGGGGAAAGAGAGGGAGCUUCUAUCUCUGUGUACAUGGUAGCUGAUCUUUCUGUGGGGAAUGUCAGUUGUUAUUCCCUUCUCCCACAGAGAAUUCAUCACCUGAGUCCCCCGAGUUUAGUUUCUAUGCACAAGAUCAGUUCUAACCCAGUAUUCAGGUUCUCAGUGAGUUUCCAUUCUCACUGACCCUUGAAAACACAGCUGCUAGCAAGGUCGCUGCCAGGACGCUUCUGCACAGAUGACCAUCUCUGAAACUCUCUGUUGAAGGUUCACUCCCCCAGGCUGAGUGACUGCACACACAGCCACACAACCACAGGCUGCUAAUCCUCUGCACAGGAUAAAGUGAGAUUGAGGGGAGCUGUUCAUUCCCUCCUCUCUUUGUUCUUAGGGAGACCCUAGGGCCCAUGGAGAAUACGUAAGCACCACGUACAUCCAUUGUGUUAGAGAGAACUCCUACACAGCUUUCUUUGUGAAAGGCUGUAGGAGCAGUCUUCUGGACUACAAAUUAAAUCCAUAACGUGCACACCUCCCAGUUGCUUCCACCAUCAAACGUAGCUGGUGUUCUUGCCCUGCUGGGGGGAAUCUCUGAUUAAAUACUGUCAGAUUGUUUCUCUGCAGGGUCCUCCAUAUCUGGCUUUAGCACAACUAAAUGCAUAUAAAUCAGGGAUGGCUUGGAGGGAAGGAAGGAGUAGAAUUUAUUGGAAGUACAGAGAAGAAACAAUUGCAAAUAGAAUGUAUUCCUUCCCAGCCUGGGCUCACCCAAUUAUAUGCUCUACUUGUAUGGAAUGUAUCCAAAUUUGAUCAAUAUAUUAAUAGUUUUCCUUUUUUUUCCCCCCUAACAUUUGUGGUGUGGGUUCAUAAUCUGAUGCUGUUAGAACUAUUUGGUUUUCUUGCUAGGAUUGGUUUGGUGCUUCGUCUUUUUCCUUCCUCUUUCCUUCCUCCCCCUUUUUCAAAGCUGUGAAGAAAGUGUUUUGGUUUGUUAUCAUUUGAUGUUUGAAGGUCUCAUGAUCUUCAGUCAUAUCCAGCAAGCUAACAUACAUGUUAAAUAGAGGAAACUUAUAUUUUUUUUAAAUAAAAUUUUAUGUUAAUAGAAAAAAAAAAGGCAAACCAAA